UGUACGUCUGACAUAUUAACGGUUUGACAAUCGAAUCAACAAAUUUUUUGGAAGAAAAGUGGAAGAUGAAAUUAAUGGAACAAUUGCAUUUACUAACCAUAACCGCAUAAUUGAAACGGUGGAACGUCGAAUAAAUGGGUUCUCCUGCACGUAAACGUAUAUUUUUUUCUUUAGUAUUAUUCCUUAUACUGUUACUAUUAGUUCGCUACAUAGUCUACAAUGGUAAUGGUAAUAUUAUGACAGUCUCACAAAACUAUGUGCGGGAUCCUAAAGCUCCAGUUGUAGUAUCGGUGUAUUACGAAGCCUUAUGCCCUGAUUCGAAACAUUUCAUCAUAAAACAACUACUCCCGGUUUUUCAAAAAAUUUCAAAAAUUAUGGAAGUGACUUUGGUGCCGUAUGGCAAGGCGCAAACUUUUACCAAUCAAGAUGGCAGCUUUCGUUUUGAUUGUCAACAUGGACCAGUUGAAUGUCAAGCCAAUAUAUAUCAUGCUUGCGCCAUAGAGGCAAUAGAAGAUCCCCAUAAACGUUUAGAUGUAAUAGCUUGCAUGAUAAAAGACAAUCGAUUACCCAAAGAGGCUUUGCAUAAGUGUGCAACACAACAUGGUCUUGAAAACAGGGACCUAAUACAAAAAUGUUUUGACAGCCCUCGUGGAGGUGAAUUGUUGAAAUUGAGUGGUGACGCCACACACGCCUUACGACCGACUGUCACUUUUAUACCCACCAUAACGUUGGACGGUUCUCAAGGUCGCCAAGCCGCUAUAUUAAAAAAUAUAUUCGGCGAAAUUUGCAAAAUUGCUGGAGCACAUGAAGAUAUUGAGGCAAGUUGUCGCGAGUAUCUUUAAAAUUUCCAAGUCAAUCAGUUAUGUGUACCUUCGUUAUAUUAGAAUAUUUGUACACAGCUAUGGCAUUUACAUAAAUGUAUGUUUAAUUUUUUGUGAUCUUUUCGAAAUGUAUAUAAUAUUUUAACGCAUACUUUUAUCAUAUUGCCAACGAAUCAUUUUAUAUAUAAUAUAUAGGGCUAUUCUAAUUUUGCGUUUGACUGAUCGAAUAAAAUAUAU